CUCCCUCCGCCCGGCCGGCCGCCGGCGCAUGCCGCGGCACCACCGUCAAGACCGAACCACCAGUCCACGACAAAGGCAAGGAAGCUAACCCCUCUCCAGACUGCGGCAUUGACCGGACCCCUCCGGCGCGCGUCAACGCGGGCCCCGCGCGCACCCGCCUGCACGCGCGAUGGAAUACCUUCGCCGCAACGAGACCAGGAAACGCCCGUGAAACUUCCGGGAUCCCCACGCCCACGUCCGCGUCCACUACCCGUGGACUGACGAAGCGACGAGCAGCGAGCGAUACACCGGGCCACUUCCAAGCCGACGGUUGCAGCGUUAAUUCCAGGCGGCCAGCGAUCCGUCGCCACCGGUCAUGUCCGGCCCCGACGCGGACGCGGCGGCGCCGAGCGACGGCGGCGAGCAGCUGCGGGCGUGCCGGGAGGCGACGCGGCGGCGGCUGCGGGAGCGCGUGGGCGCGAUCGUGCGCGCCGUCCGGGCGCCGCUGGCCGACGUGCUCCGGGACCACGCGCUCGUGCACCUCCCGCCGGCCGCCGCCGCGCGCCUCCGCCUCGUGCACCCGUCCUGGGCGCGGGCGCUCGCGUCCCCGCUCUUCGCCGUCGCGCACGCCGCAGCGCCGCGCCGGGCCUCGGGGCUCUUCGUCGCCGCGCCCGACCCGGGGCUCCUGUUCCUCCCCCUGGACGCCGCCGACACGGUGCCGUCCCCGCCACUCGCGUUCCUCCCGGCCUGGUCGGCCCCCGCCGUGCUGUCCUCGUCGCACGGGGUCGCGUGCUGCUUCUCCUCCGCCGACGACGCCUACUUCGUGUGCAACCCGGCGACGGGGUCCUGGGAGGGCGUCCCGUGCCCGCCGUGCCGGAUCACCUGGCCGCGCCCCGCGAUCGUCGUCCUCUUCGACGCCAGUGUCUACAACUUCGGCGGCGACUUCACGCUCGUCUGCGCCUUCGAGUCCGCGCCAGGGUCCGGCAUCUACUGCUUCGCGCUGUUCACGUCCGUGACCGGCGCGUGGUGGGUCGCCGACGCGGUCGCGCCCGCCGAGGGGCUUAUCCCCGCGUCGGGGGUGGCGGCCGGCGGGGUGGCGUGGUGGCGGACGAGCAUCGGCACCGCGGUCGGGUACAACCCCGUCACCGGGCGCGUCGAGCUGGCGGUGUGCCCCGGAGACAGCGCCCACUGGGAGAUCGGCUCCGCCGCGGGCAAGCUCCACUGCGCCGUACUCGCCGACGGCGACGUCGUGGCGUUCCGGCUGGACGGGAACGGUGGCUGGGAGGUGGCCGCGACGGUCCCCGUCGCGGAGAUACUGCAGCAGCGACCCUGGCAACCGGAGCCCUCUUACGAGCUGACCGACUCCUCCUCGUCCGAUGACGACGACGUGGAGAAUCGGGCAGAGCAGGAUCGCGCGGGGGCUAUCCCCGCCGCGGCGAGCAGGUUUCGGAUGCCGCGCGACGACGUGCGGCUGCUGCCGUUCCAGGGCGCGGAGGUGGAGGUGGUGCUGCUGGCCGGCAGGCGCGUGGUGGCGUUCGACAUGGUGACGCGGCGGCGGCGCGAGGCCCUCCUGCCGGAACAGCCGGCCGGCACGGACUGGGGCGCGGCGGCGUACGCCGCGCACACCAACACGCUCGCCCUGGUCGCGCGCGUGGUGCUCAUGGAGCCGCCGGACGAUCAGGAGGUCGCAUCGUAGCUUGUUGAUCGAAUUUCCAGUAGCUCAUGUGCGUUUGCUUUGCUGAUGCUAAGAUCUAGAGAAUAAUCAAGCUUGUUCUUGGGCAUGAUUUCGUUGGAGAAAUCAACUGUCGUCUGAGACUCUGAGGUGCUAGUUGUACAUAGUGAACCGGAACCUGCUUCUUGUGCUACAUAUAUAUGUGUGACAUUUUUGUGCAAAUUCUUCGCAAGAAAGUUAAACUACA